AUGGGAGAAGAAAUAACUGAGUUCCACGCUAUAGGUGUCCAGGAUUUCGAACAUUGGAUUGAACCUAAAUUAUUUACCUAUAAACCUCGGCCAUUAAGACCUUAUGAUAUCGAUAUCCAGGUGGAGGCUUGUGGUAUAUGUGGUUCGGAUACUCACACUGCUAAAGGUGACUGGGGUCAACCCUUUACCCCUAUGGCUGUCGGUCAUGAAAUUGUCGGUUAUAUUGUAAGAAUUGGCCCUGAAGUUGACCGAAAAACGUUCAGUAUUGGUCAGAGAGUGGGUGUUGGCGCACAGUGUGACAGCUGUGGAGAAUGCUGGAGAUGCAAACAUCACUUUGAGAAUAACUGCCCAAGCGGUUCUGGUACUUACGGCUCUACCGCUCCAGAUGGAUAUCACACACAGGGUGGAUACGCUGAUUAUGUGAGAGUCAAUAGCAAAUUCGUGUUUAAUAUUCCAGAAGCACUUGAAACAAAAUAUGCCGCACCUUUAUUUUGUGCUGGUGUUACUGGCUUCAGGCCCUUGCUUAUUGGAGGAGUAAAGAAAGGUUCUAAAGUGGCAGUUAGCGGAAUUGGCGGUGUUGGACAUUUAACAAUUCAGUUUGCAAAGGCUCUGGGUGCUGAAGUUACUGCUGUUUCAAGAAACGAUAAGAAGAGAGAUAUCGCAAAGAAGUUGGGAGCCGACCACUACAUUGCCACCUCUAGUCCUGAUUUUCCAAGUAAGUAUAAGAAUUCGUUUGAUGUCAUUGUCAAUACUGCGUCAAUGUUCAGCGAAGGUCAUAUACAAGAUGUUAUGUCAAUGAUGAGGCCCGAUGGUAAGUUCCUCUUUAUCACCAUGCCUAAAGUUGGUGAUAAACUUGUUAUUGAUCCAUUCUUCCUUUGCUCCGGAAACUACCAGAUUGGCGGCUCUGCAAUUGGCUCACCUGAUGAAAUCAGAAAGAUGCUUGAUAUUGCUGCAAAGCAUAACAUCAAGCCUUGGAUCGAGACUUAUGAUAUAAAUGAAGCAAAUGUUUCCACGGCUUGGAAGAGACUUGAGAAAGGAGAUGUCAGAUUUAGAUUUGUUCUUACUGGCUACAAAAAGUUCUUUGGAAAGAGAGCAAUAGAAGACUGA